GCUUUUGUCCCAAGCGAAAGAAAUCGGCCGGCCCUCAUACACAAAUACCCCCUGCAGAUUAAAUGCAGGCACAAUUUAGAUUUUGCGCAAUCUUUUUCAGAAUACAACCGUGCCAUUUCGCAAACAAACGAGUUGCAACAGAAAUGUUUUUUUUCCCGGGGAGUGUGUUCUUUGGAAGGCAGAGCGGAGGCGGCCUUUGCGCAACGUAGAGCAGCAGCCGAGCUUUGCCCGCGCUGCCCCAUUGCACGAGUCCCCGCCGAGAGCCAAUUCCAUUUCUCCCCGGCGGAGCACGCUGCGAGCACCGCCUCCCGAGCUCCCUGCGCCGCUCCUCCCCCAGAACUCUGCUCGCCGCCCGGGUAGUGCCUAUUCCGGCCGCUUUAGGAACAACGAUGCCCUUCGUGGAGUUGCAGACUAGCCUGCAGGCCCGGCAGUUGCCCUGCGACCUGCUAGCCAAGCUGUGCUCAGCGGUCGCCUCUAUCCUGAACAAGCCCGUGGAGAGGGUGAACAUCACCGUGAAGAGCGACCUGCCCAUGGUGCUCAGUGGCUCCCAGGAGCCUUGUGCUGUGCUGGUCGUGUCUUCCUUGGAAGUGGUGGGAUCUGCCGAGCAGAACAAGGAGCACAGCGCAAAGUUUUUUGAGUUCCUCACCAAGGAACUGAGUCUUGGUGCUGACAGGAUCAUCAUUCUGUUUCAUCCACUGGAACGCUGGCAAAUCGGCAAGAAUGGGACUGUUGUGAGUUUCCUGUGAAGUGUCCAAAAUUCUGUCAAGUCAUCUCUCAGGCCAAGGCCAUAAACUCUACUCUGCAGGACCUCCUGGUGGCUACAGCUUCUCUUUUGCUUUGAAAUAAAUUCAGGUUCCAGUUUACCUGCCAAAGUGGUAAGACUGGAAGUAACCUCCUGAAGAUCUCUCUCUGCGUGUGUCUGCUCACCUGCCAUCCAAACUUCGCACUACUCUUCAUUGUAUAUGUUUUGUGUGCCUUUAUUUUGUAGGGCCAACAUUUCACCUUCGUAACCUACAAUCUGCUGAUAUGCUGUUUGCUUGGUGACCAGUAAAGGCAAACCACAUUCUGUUAACGAUUAA